AGAAUCAUUCAUAUCCACCCAUUAAGAAUAUCUGCUCCUCCAGCCUUCACUGCUACACUCUGUGUUUUCUUCUGUCAGCCCCUGACAAUAACCCGAACCAGCCUCUUUGACACCACCUCUCUUUCCUCUCGUUUCUUUUUUAUCAAUAUCAUAACCGGAGCUCGCGCGGGCUUCCUCUGAGGGUAUCAUGCAGAAGAGAAGGAAGCCAGAGCCGAUCAAACUCAACCCGAUCCCCGACGGAAACACUAUCAACGGAACCGGAGCCACAGAGUGAGUGUCAGCCUAUAGCUACUCCUUUUAUUCAGAGUGAGCGAGAACCAGGGAUUAUAUUAAACUUUUAUACAUGUGUGGUCUAAUUUUAACGAAGGCUCGUGAGUAUUAGUAUUGAUGAAACCUGCAUAUGUUUAUAGAAGGAUUAACAGGUGUGUGUGUGUGUGUGUGUGUGUGUGUGUGUGUGUGUGUGUGUGUGUGUGUGUGUGUGUGUGUGUGUGUAGUCGUGCUUGCUCCAAGGCUGCAGCUCCUUAUCUUAAUUAUGACGAUUAUGACAAUAAAUGACUCAUUACUCCAGUUUAAGGGACUGUCUCGUGGACUUUGGACAAACACAGCCUGUGAGAGCUGAGGGCUAAAUGUUAAGUCCUGUGUCAGUUUCAUGAUAGAAGUGGUUGUACAGUUCUGUACAGUGCAUGAUUUAUGACAUUUAUAGAGAGAGGUGUAAGUCGUUUGACAAGUUGGAUGACAUGAGUGAAGAUGCUGGAGCACAAAGAGACAUCUGAGCAGUUUAUGGCAUGUGAAGGUGGAGAGCUGAUAUACCUAAUAUAACCCACUUGCAACAGCAGUAAGAAAUAAAUGAUCUAUCCAUAUUCCAAUAUAGCCACCCAUAAGACAACGACUUCCAGCUGAUCAAUAAUCUUAGGAUUAAAGCAGGCACUAAGUCUUGAAUAAUUUUCACAAAACUUUCAUGAUUUCAUUUUUCUGCACUCACAGAGCUUCUUUGUUUGCAUUUGAAGUAGUAUAACCUUGGUAUUUUUGUUAAAAUACCCUUUUCACAAAUGACAUGUUGACAUAAAUAUACAGUAUGUGGCGUUUCGGUACUUACAGAUAACUUUGCACAUGACUGAGCUCUAUUCAAGUAUCCAAGCUAUUUGCAGAGUUGUUUUUCCUCAUGGUGUCAUACAUGAACAGGUUGCCUCACUGUGUGCACAGCUCUCGGUCAGAUUGAGCCCUGCAGGGGAUCAGUGUGUACAAUAAUGUUUCUGUGUGUGAAGGGAAUUCGGUGCAGGCCUGUUGUCACCAAAGUUUGAUAACAAAAAAAUAGAUUAAAACAGCUAUGGAGAUAUUAAACUGUUGUGACACUGUGCUCUAGUUCUCAUCUUGCAGAGAAAGGCUCAGUCAGUCCAGCAACAUGCAGGAUGAGUGGAGAUGAGAAUUACAUAACAUGCCAUCCCUCGUGACGCUCAGUUUUCUUAUGUGCUGGAGGGCUGGAAUAUUUCAUUGUGUCAUCAUUAGAUCAAAAAUGAAGGCUGUUUGUUUUACUGCAAUGAAUCACUCUAACUACAAAAUCAUUCAUUCAUUCAAUCCUCUAUCCUUGUUCUUGGUACUGAUCCAGAAGACUGCAGCCUCAAACUAGCGUCAAUUAAUCUGCUGCAUAAUUUACUAAUUAACUGACAUGUUAUUUUCAUCAUGAUGAGCUGGAAAGAAAGGGCUGACAGAAAUCCCUGCAGGUGAGUUCAACAAGCUGGUCAGGGAUGAAAAGAGAGUCCAAUUUCCAAUCACACAGGGAGCUCACAAAUGUGUGUUUGCAUGACAGAGAGCCACAAAGCCUGGAAAUACUCAGUUGUUCUUUACCAGAAAAAGCCAGUUUUACCUCCUGGGAAAAGAAAACCCCGUUUCAGGCUGGUGAUAGAGGAUGACGAGGCUGCAGGAACGCAUCUGUCCCUCACACUCUGCACACAUUUUGUUCUUUUACGCUGCAUAAAGCUCAACACAUGCACGCCCACCUAAAAAAAGGAAGAGACAACAAUGAGGUCUUUUUCAGUCUUCUGCUGUACGAGUAUGGUUUUAAAUCAGAUGCCAAAGAGCAAUUAUAUUCAUAUUUUGCUUGUUGUCUUAUUACUUUAAAAUUGAACAAGAAAAAUCUACGAACCAAACUGACCAAACUGUGAUGGUUCAGUUGCUCAUUUUUAAAACAGACCAAUUACUGCAAAAACAAUCUCUAAAAGCUCCAAUAAAGCCUCAUGAUGAUCUUAUGGUCUCGUUGUGUGAUAGUUUGACCAAUCAGGAUCUGAACUUGUUUGAGGAGUCGACUGAGGCAUGGCCAGCUCUAAAAAUGCAAAGUAAGCGUUAAGCAGCAAACAUCCUCACUAACUACGUGAUGAUAUCUGCCAACUUGGUACCGAGUCACAGAAAAUGGAAAAGGACGACUAGAUCAUAGAGUUACUUUGUUUAACAUGUAGAAAGAUAGAAUAGCUGGUGUGAUAUUAAAAUAAAGGUCUAUAUUUGUCGGAUGAUGUAUAACCAGGAAGGAAAGUAAAUCAUAACUUUUUCAACUUAAAUAGGAAAAGAGCAGCCUGAACUUUACAAAGUAUGUGGAUGCGAAUUGUUGGCAAAGCAUUUGCUGCUGUUGAACUAUUGAGCUGCAUUUACAUCAGUAAUUAGCCAGAAACUAUUAUCUUCUGAUUAUUUUGACAGCAAAUGACUCCAGCCAUAAUUUUAAUUACAGGCCUUUUCACAUUCAGAGUUUGACUUGUCUUUGAAGGGAACGCACAGGUAUAACUCAAAACACCGGCAGCUGCCCUGUUGUGUGGGUGCUCGAGUAGGCGAUGACUGUAUGACAGUGGGUGAGGUUGCACAAUACCAUAACCCUGUAGGUCAUGCGGAGAAAUGAAAUUCAGCCAUCAUAACAUUUGAUUUGAGUUAUAAAAAAAGGUCUAUAUUAAAGAGAUUACACUGGCCUUUCAGUUCAACAACAACGCUGAAACUGGAACCAAUAGAAACCUGGUAGUUGUUAUUAGAGGAGUGAAAAAAGUGUCUCUUGUCUCAAACCAGACAUAUAAAAAUUAGCACAUUUUUGGGGGUUGUUUGGACCGGAAUGCUCUCACCAGCGGCACAGGUGUAGUAUAUUGGGUGCAGAUGAGCCUGAUGCAAUCGAUAAGCCUCUCAUUGAAACCAGACUACUCCACUCGGGUUGAAAGGAAUUGCCAUUACUGCCCACCAAAUGCCUUCUCAGUGGGAAAUGGCUGGGAGCCAUGAGAGAGCUGUACUGAGUGGCCAGCACAAUGCCAGCCAAGCAUGUAAUAUUAUCAGAGGAGAUCUGAGAACACAUAAAAACAACCUGUUCUGGAUAGACAGCCUCAGACUAUCUCUCAAAAAAGAUCUUACUAUUCGAUUCUGUUUAUCUUGUAACCAAAUCUGUUAAACACACUGAAUGCUGCUGCACUGUUUUUGGCUGUUUUUUAAAGCUCUGUGAUUCUGAAAGAUGUUGUUGUUAGUUACUGUUGAGAGGCUUCUUAUGUGCAAAGAAACAGGUGUGGAAAGGAUAAUGAUUCACAUACGCAGUACAGCAGCUACAGACUGGUGCAAAUGAAACACUUCAGCACACUGACAUUAAAUCAAACUCUGAGGUUCAUGCACUUGUACUUAGGGCUGUAAAACUGAUGCUGUUUGAGAGGGUUUAACUCAGCCGGUGAAGAUGUUAAGAAAAACUACCAACAAAUCACCAAAAUGGACACGUGUUCACUUUGCAUGCUGUGAUAUGACUUGGAAAACCAAAAACAUCCUGCUCCUUGCCAUCAACUUUGAUCCGUAUUAUUUUUGGAAAAACCACAGAUCAAUAUUUAUGUGGGUUAAAUACCUGUCAUCCAGAGUUUCGAAGGGUUUUGCAGUUUUGAACUUGAUAAUUUUUCAUCAAUUCUAUUUAAGAACUAUGAUAGAUGUCUGUUAAAGCUGUCCUUGACAGGGCAGUAAUAUCACGUUGAUGAAGUAGUCUGCAGGCCACCUCUGUCAAUAGAGCUUUACAAACACAUUUUAUCUUGAAGUCAUAAUACUUUUGUGUAACGAGCUGCUGCAGUGUUGCGUCUUUCCUAUUCAUCUUCUGCUGGAUGUCCUUGGACAUUGUGUGGAUGGAGCACAAAGGGCCAGCGUCGUGCUCACUUCCUCCUGUAUGGAGGACAGGAGCCUGCAGUGUUUAGCUACUGCUGUCCUUUCCUCCUCUUCGCACUGCAUGGAGUGUUUCUGCCCCUCUUCUCUGUAUCCUCCAGCCUCCUCCACCCCCAGCUCUUGUCGACAAAACACCCACACCGCCCACAGCCAACUCAAACUCAGCACCUCGUCUCCAUGGAUAUACAGGCCCAUCGUCAAAAAUAAAACCACUUAACCCUCUCUUUGCUGAGCGUUGAGGAGCAGGAGAGGACUGUACUGCCCUUCACCGAACCGUGAUUUAAUACGGAAAUGAAACAGAGUAAUUAUUACUGAUUCUAAAAGAAACCCAUCUUAUUAGCAUCAGAUGAGUGCUCUUAAAUUCAGAUUGAAGGGAUUAGCGUUUGAAAGAAGCUGAGGAUGGUGCCUCUGUAAAGCGGCUGGUAUACCUCCAACAGUGUCCUUCUCAUCAGAUCUUGCAUGCUGUUGAUGAUGUCUUCUUUUGCAUCUUACCUACUUAAGGAAAAUCACUGACUGAUUAAUCAGACAUGUUUGACUUUGGUGACUUUGAGUCUAAAUGAGCAAAAUAAAAACUCUUUGGGUUUUGACAGCACAAGAACAGCUAAUUAAUUACCCAAAUUGUUCGUCAGCACAUUGGUCCUUACUUUGCCAUAUUUAUUCCAGACCCAAGGUUGAGCUCUCUGUGUUGCAGCACUGUGUUUUGAGGUAUUUGAGUAGGAAUAAAUGGCGAGGUCAAAAAAAGCAGCAGAUGAGGAGUACUCUCUUGAGUUGAUAUCUCAAAGAAAUGCAUUGCCAUGACAACAGGCAGGGAAACAGGGAAACAGGGAAGCAGCAGCAUUCCAAGGAUACUCCUCACAUUUCAAUCUGCAAGCUUCUUAUCUUCCUGCUGGUUAUGUCGUUGGUUACUAUUGUUCCCUGAGGCUCCUGGACGCACUCAAUCCCCACUACCCCAGAAUUAUAAAUAUAGAGUUAUUAUAGCAGAACUGGACUCUUUGUGGUCGUUUACUGAGACAGCAGAGUGUCUGUCUGAAUACAUCCAAUGAGUUUUAUUGAGGGUAGAUAGAUAGAUAGACGGAUAGGUAGUAGGGGUAGGAGAAAAAAAAAUCGAUACAGCAUAGUAUUGCAGUACUUUGUCUGGUGAUAUAUUGUGUCGUCUCAUCGAACAAUUAUCAAUUUUUUUCAAAUGAAUUGCUAAUAUGAAGUCAAAUCGAUGAUAAUGGAAAAGUAAAAUCACCUGUUUGUCCAGGAAGGAGACAUCCUAGAGCAGGAGAAAGUUAGAGCAACAAAUAUGACAGCACCUGGAGAAGGACAUUAGGAAUGCAAACAGAGCACAAAUGAGAUGGACCUGACACGUAAGGUUUAUAAGAUGUGCUACAUGAAAAUAAAAUGCAGUGUAAACAAGACAAAGAUAAAGAAAAGACAAAUGCUAAAUUAGCUAAACAUUUUUAAAAAAAAUUAUAAAUCGCAAUGUAUUGUACCGCAAUACUCACUGUAUGGCAAAAUGUUAAAUAAUUUUGUAUCGUGGCCCAAGUAUUAUGAUAAUAUUGCAUCGUAUCAUAAUGUAUCGUAUUGUAGAUAGAUAGAUAGAUAGAUAGAUAGAUAGAUAGAUAGAUAGAUAGAUAGGUAGAUAGAUAGAUAGAUAGAUAGAUAGAUAGAUAGAUAGAUAGAUAGAUAGGUAGAUAGAUAGAUAGAUAAUGCAUGUAUAACUUAUCUUUUUGUUUGUCCUCUAUGAUCCUCUCUUAAAGAACAAACUUGGAGGCACUGCAGAAGAAACUCGAGGAGCUUGAGUUGGACGAGCAGCAGCGCAAACGCCUCGAGGCCUUCCUGACACAGAAGCAGAAGGUGGGAGAGCUGAAGGAUGAUGACUUUGAGAAGAUUUGUGAGCUCGGGGCGGGCAAUGGAGGAGUCGUCUUCAAGGUGUCCCACCGACCCUCCGGUCUGAUUAUGGCGAGGAAGGUAAACUCAAACACGGAGGGCUGGUUAUACGUAAUGAAAGACUUCUGCGAAGACAGUGCCGAGACUGUGUGUAGAAGCACUGGACUUAUGUAACUUUUUCAUUUUCUUUUGCUGAACUUUUAACCACAUCAUUGCUGCUUUCAUGACUAGAACUGAAAGUGUGUUAAACAUGUUUUCUACUAAUUCGUCAUCUUAAAUCUUCAUGUAUCUAAUAUUUGUGUGUGGAGACGGAGAGUAAACUAGAACCCUCUCAUACUUACGGUCAUCCUGUGUUGUAUGAGAUCAUUAUGUCUUGUGUGUUCCAGCUGAUCCACCUGGAAAUCAAACCGGCCAUCAGGAACCAGAUCAUUAGAGAGCUGCAGGUGCUGCAUGAGUGUAACUCCCCCUACAUCGUGGGCUUCUAUGGAGCUUUCUACAGUGAUGGAGAAAUCAGCAUCUGCAUGGAGCAUAUGGUAAUUAUCAUUAAUAUAAAAGCAUUCUGUUCAAGUACUGCUUUACAGGUCAUGCUGAAACAGACAGGCUUUGGGCCUUUGUGUUUUCACAACAUUGAUUUUUUUUUCUGUUCCUGUUGGCUGUAGGACGGCGGCUCCCUGGAUCAGUCACUGAAGAAAGCCGGCAAGAUCCCUGAGCAGAUCCUUGGCAAAGUCAGCAUUGCGGUGGGUAGCUUUCCUACCAGUUUCAGGCUCCACUUUUUUGCACUGCAGCUAUUUAUGUUAAGUUUUUGCAAAAUUUACCAUGCUGCAUUUCUUUUUGAUUUCUUCUGCCCACACAUAUCAUCUAAAUCCUCAACAUUUAUCAUUCCAGGUGAUUAAAGGGCUGUCCUACCUGAGGGAGAAGCACAAGAUUAUGCACAGAGGUCAAUACCCGUUUUAUUUUCUUAACUAUCAAAACAAUUCUAUUAAAAGAUUUUUUUCCUGUCCAGGACCACAUACAUACAUCUCUCUGGACUAUGAGCUUUUGAAGAAUAAAUAAGGUCAGAGUAUUGAUUUGCACCACAGAGGGAAUUCCUAUCAAAAGCUGAUAGGAAACAUCAACACAGACAUGCUUAAGGCGAGCAGCCCAGCAUCCCCAGACUCUUUUUCUUUUGUUGUGCUGUUUGCUGUUCCCAGUUGAACACUUGCCCUACAUGUCCUUCUAAAUAUUGAAUGUCACUUUCAGAUGUCAAGCCCUCUAACAUCCUGGUGAAUUCCCGCGGUGAGAUCAAGCUGUGCGACUUUGGAGUGAGCGGACAGCUCAUAGACUCUAUGGCCAACUCCUUUGUGGGAACUCGCUCAUACAUGUCUGUGAGUGAAAAUGGUCACACAUGCUCUUCCUUCUCUGUUCACGCAUUUGUCUUUGGAAUUAAAUUUUACAACAAAAGUCUCUGAUUUAGAUUAAGAAGGCAACUAGAGUCCUUGUUAAAGCUGAAUUACAAGUUCAAAUGACUUACAAAGCAUAAGGCACUGGUGUAUUGUUAGUGUUGUAUAUGUUGAGAAAGCUCCAGUGUUUUACAAAAAAACUGUAAAGAAAUCUGAAAAUAAUUCAAAUGUAACCUUUGUAAUUAUUGCAAAAUUUUGUGUCAAAUCUAACGUUGAUAUUUUUUGGGUUUUGCAGCCGGAGCGUUUGCAGGGCACCCAUUACUCAGUUCAGUCAGACAUCUGGAGCAUGGGUCUGUCACUGGUUGAAAUGGCCAUUGGACGUUUCCCCAUUCCACCACCAGAUGCUAAUGAACUGGAACAGAUUUUUGGCUUUCCAGUGGAAGGAGAGGCAGCUUCCAGUGAGUCAUCCACAAAGCCCCGCCCACCUGGACGACCAGGCAGCUGUAAGUUUGACUGGACAUUUGUUCAUGUGGGUUGUAAAGGGUGCAGCAGCUUUGGCUGGAGUGACGGUAAUCUGACCGCUGAAAUAGUUUAACAAAAAUAACAGCAUUGUCAUCAAGCGUCAUCUACAGCAGAUCACACUGAAUGUCAGUAAAUACUUUUUCCUUUAUCCCUCCAGCAUACGGACCUGACAGCAGGCCACCGAUGGCUAUAUUUGAGCUGCUUGAUUAUAUCGUCAAUGAGGUGAGUGAUGCACAACAGAAUUUUUUAGCCAGAUCACACAAAGGAAUGUUGAGUAUCAUCACUCAAUGAUCAGAUCUGCACUCAGUGUGACGUGACCUUGAGUGGGACGUUGCCUCCAUUCAAGUCUUUUGAGCGGCAUUAAAAUGCGUCAGGCAACAACAGGGGAGGUUUUUUAAUAUCAGUGAGACUUGCCAAAGGAUUGAAAGCUUUAAACUAACAUGGGUACUUAACAUUAAUUGACAACAUGUUCAAUAUUGUGGAUGGCCCUUUAACAAAUGUAAUCAAAUUGAACUUGAUCUAAACUGGAUCUUUGCCAUGUUAAACCCACUCCUGCUGCUGUAUACGCAUACACUUUUCUAUGGAUCAGCGUUACAGUAGGUGGUGUAUUAAGCUCGAGUUUGCAACCUUCUCACACACACACACUGAAAUAAUUCUUAAAUCUUUAUUUUCUCAAUCAUUUUCUCUGAUAAGGUCUAAUGUAUUUAUUGCAUUCAUUAUUUGCAUAUAGUUCAAUUAGACUAACUUCUCUAUGACUGAAUAACUUCUUUUCAGCCUCCACCAAAACUCCCCGGGAUAUUCAGCGCUGACUUUCAAGAUUUUGUGAAUAAAUGGUAUGGAAAUGAAACCUGCAUGUAACACACACAGUAACUUUCCACCCUUUUGAAAUUUCUGCCCUCUAGUGGUGGUAAAAUGAAUUACAUCAAGAUGCUUUUGUCUCCUUUGCAGUUUGAUCAAAAAUCCUGCAGAGAGAGCAGACCUGAAACAGUUGAUGGUGAGUGUGAGAAUAUAAAAGUAUGUUUUCCGGGUUUUUAAGCUUUCUUACACACUCCUCUGUUCCUCCAGGUGCAUUCCUUUAUCAAACAGUCCGAGGCAGAACAGGUCGACUUUGCGGGCUGGUUGUGCAGUACCAUUGGACUCAAUCAGCCUUCGACACCCACGCACGGCACAGGGAUGUGAGAUUUGUUUUCAAGUUACCUGGGCUUUGUUUGAAGGGUUAUCAACAUCUUUAUACUGAGUAAUUAAUGUAUUUAAAAGUUGUGCUAUAGACAGAUCAAACUUUAGUUUAAAAACCUACAUGCCAAGUAAUUUAAGUCUUUAUUGAACAAUUCCCUGGGCUGUAUUGAAAGCCUGCCUGAAAAGCCAUGUUUUCUAAUGAUCAAAAUAUGUAAUCACAACAAAUGCUGCUAAACCUGUGUGCUUGAUAUUCCUCUUUGCCUUGUGUCCUCACUGCGCCGGAUUCAAAUCUAUGCUUGCUUUUGUGGAAUAAAUUGUCUUGUGAAUAAAAU